AUGAGACUGGUACUUCCUAACCCAGGACUGGAUCUGCGGAUCCCUAACCAUGAGGAUCUCGACAGGAUGGAAAAGGAAGAGGCCGAGAGCAGGCCCAAGUGGGACAACAAAGCUCAGUACAUCCUAACCUGUGUAGGCUUUUGCAUUGGGCUUGGGAACGUGUGGCGGUUCCCUUACUUGUGUCAAAGUCAUGGAGGAGGUGCCUUUUUGAUUCCCUACCUAAUCCUACUGGUGCUGGAAGGAAUGCCUCUCCUGCUGCUGGAGUUUGCCAUUGGCCAGCGCCUAAGGAAAGGCAGCGUAGGAGUAUGGAGGGCCAUCAGCCCUUACCUGACGGGUGUAGGUAUCGCCUCCAUGCUGGUGUCCUUUUUUGUGGCACUGUAUUACAACACCUUAAUAGCCUGGAUCAUGUGGUAUCUCUUCAAUUCCUUUCAAACUCCACUGCCUUGGACCCAAUGUCCUCUCAAUGACAAUGGGACAGGAUUUGUACCAGAGUGUCAACUGAGCUCCACUGUGGAUUAUUACUUUUACCGUGUGACUCUGAAUAGUUCAGCCUCUAUAGCCGACUCGGGGGGAAUCCAGUGGCCCAUAGUGGUUUGUCUGCUAGCUGCCUGGACAGUCGUUGGUAUUUGCUGUAUAAGAGGGAUCAGCUCUACAGGCAAGGCAGUGUACAUCACAGCCAUCCUGCCUUUCAUAGUGCUGGCUAUUUUCCUGAUCCGAGGACUGACUCUUAAAGGUGCCCUGAGUGGACUCAAGUUCCUCUUCACACCAGACGUAAACGAGUUGAUGAAACCAACAACUUGGCUGGAUGCAGGUGCACAGGUCUUCUAUGCCUUUGGUUUGGCAUGGGGAGGCCUCAUCUCCUUCUCAAGCUACAACCCUGUUCACAACAACUGCAUGCAAGAUGCUGUGAUCCUGUCUGCAGUAACUGGCUUCACCUCAGUCUAUGCCGCCACAGUUACCUACACCAUUAUUGGCUUCAGAGCCACCGAGAAAUAUGACCAGUGUAUCAGUGGGAACAUCAUGGCGUUAUUAAAUGAAUUUAAUCUUCCUGAAGACAGCAUCACUGCAAGCACUUAUGAGGAAGCCUUUAAUCAUCUGAACAGCUCUUAUCCAGAUACUGUUCUUGGAUUGGGGAUUAAAUCCUGUAACAUGCAGAAACUACUCAGUGAGGGAGUGGAGGGAACAGGCCUUGCCUUCAUUGUUUUCACAGAGGCCAUCACCAAGAUGCCUGGUUCCCCAGUUUGGUCUGUUCUUUUUUUCGUCAUGCUUCUCUGCUUGGGGCUCUCAACCCUGUUUGGUAACAUUGAGGGAGUGGUGGUGCCCUUGAAAGACCUUAAUGUUUUCCCUAAAAAAUGGCCCCAUGAAGCAUUGACAGGAAUAACAUGUGUUGUUGCCUUUGCCCUCUCCCUCCUGUUUGCGCAGCAUUCAGGGAUUUACUGGCUAACUCUUUUUGACAAUUUUGCUGGAUCUGUUCCACUACUGACCAUUGGAUUGUUUGAGAUGAUAGCUAUUGUUUACAUCUACGGUAUAGACAGAUUCAAUGAGGACGUGGAGUUCAUGACUGGACGUAAACCCAACAUCUUCUGGCAGUUGACAUGGAGAUUUAUCAGUCCUCUAAUCGUCCUGGUUAUCUUAGUUUUCUACCUGGUGACAACAGUUCAAGAAGAACUCACCUAUUUAGUCUGGGAUCCAAACUCUGAGGAGUUCCCAUCUCUGGCAUCAAUACCAUAUCCUUCAUGGAUUAAUGCAGUCAUCUUUAUUUUGGCAGGGAUCCCCAGUUUAGCUGUACCUUUGUAUGCAUUAUGUAGGUUUUUCUUUGUUUGCUGCAAGAAAAAAAAAGCAGCUGGAGAAAAAAUUAGCCAAAUUUCUUGA